AUGGCAGAGUCCGAGGGCGCCGCGGCUGCGCUGCCCCGCACCGCGGCGGAGCUCCGCAGGGGCGUGGCCGACGGGGAGCACUACGGCGCGCAGCUCUCCGUCGUGCACCACGGGCGCCGCCUGGACUUCUGCCUGCUCCUCCUGCAGCUGUUCUUCCUGCUGCUCCUCGUGCGGCGGGCCACGCCAUGGCGCGCAGCCGUGCCCUGGCGGUCGGACUUCGCGACCGCGGUGGUGCGCGCGGCGGUGCAGGGCGCCAUGCAGGCGGCGGGAGGCCCGAGCCGCAGCAGCAGGCGGCUGGCGGGCAUCCCCGCGAAGGCGCGGCCCUUGGCCGACGACGGCGAGGACGACGUUGCCCCCUUCUCCUACGCGCUCCACCACCGGAGGCGCUGCGGGCACGACCGCGAAGGCGCCGAGCAAGUUCGUGACGGUGGACACGAACUGGACGCGCUGGAUGGCGGCAAGGAUGAUGGCCUCGGCGUCGGCAGCCUCGGCGGCAGCGGGCUGGAGCAGCGCCCCGCCAGGACGGCGCAUGGCGUGCUGCAGCUUAUCAGGCACCAGGGCUGGCAGGCUCCCGAGUGUUUCGCGAUUGGCGACAACACGGAGCCAGAGACCAUGAGCAGCCCGCUGGACGAGCUGUUCUACUGGCACCACGGCGAGUACGAGACGGAGUUCCAGCACAACGAAGUCAAGCAAUUGGCGGACAUCCCGCCGUUCCCGCAGUUGCGGGUGGAGGCGGCCUGUCAGCCGACGGCGCAGGAGGAGAAGGCGAGGGGGGCGCUCUUCAGGGAGAACGGGGGCUGCUACUUGCGGGAGCAGCAGGCCGCGGCGGCCAGGCGACUGCGCACGGACACGGUCGUCGGCGUGGUCGAGCUGCAGACGGAGGUUUGCGGCCCCAUGACGGCGGUGGUGGAGGAGAAGGAGAGCGCGCCGGUGGACGCUGUGACCUGCGGGGGGGUCGCGGCCAUCGGCACUGCGGCAGGUGACCUUUUCGGUGCUGCUGCGGGGCCUGAAAGGUCACCGGGCGCCCGCGGCGCUGCGGCCGGCGCGGUCGGGCCGCAGGCGGUGUCUGGCAGUCCACAGCUGGCGGCAAAGGGGAAGGAGAGUGCGAGGGGCGCGGCGACCCGCGAGAUGGUCUUGGCGAGCCCCCGCGAGAUGCUCGGACUGGUCACCAGCGGCGAGAUGGAUGACGACGGCUUCAAGGCCUGGGUUGUCGGGGAGAUCGCGGCCUGGUCAGGCCCAUCCGUCGGCUCGGGCGACGCGGACGGCAACGGCGCGAUCGACCAAGAGAUGAAGCUCGCCGGCGAGGAAGUCGCCGAGAUGAUCCGCUUGGCCGUCGGCGAGAUCGAGGACCCUGUAGCGAAGCAUGUCCCCGACUUCUCUGCCCAUGGCAAGGCUGGCGUCACCAUCGCCCACUUGCGGGCAAGAUUCGUGCACAUCGCUUGCGUCUCGCGGCAGAGGCUCGCGCACAUCUGCCGCCAGCCCCUGGCGCGGGGCUGGGUGCCGGGCCGGCGCUGCGGCUACGACAGCCCCGCCUGGACCGUGCUGGGAGGCGUCGUCGCGGAGGAGGAGCUCUUCGCGCCGCUGGGCCUCCGGAGCAGCUCGGUCGGCAUGUCUGCGCAGCGCCUCGCCGAGCUGCGCGGCGCGGAGCUGCUGGCCCACAUCUACGUGCCGGCGGGGGGCACGAGGGGGGUGGGCAUCGGCAUGGCGCGCCCGUGCCCCGCGGGCAACGGGCGCGGCCCCGCGAGGGAGCUCGCCGGGCUGUACGCGUCGCUGUUGCCGGGGUCGGAGCGGCGGGUGCUCCAGCAGGCCACCGUUGAGCGCGUGACGCGUGCGGAGCGCGUGGGCAUGACCGACGAGCUCCAGGGCGUCGACACGUCCUGGUCCCUGGGCUUCGCCGUGGACUGCAUCCUCUCCGGGAGGCACGCGGCGCCGGGGGCGUUCGGCCACGGGGGCUCCCAGAGCCCGGACGUCCACUACCGGCGGGUUGGCGCCGUAAGCACGGCCGUGUACGAGGAUCUGGGUCUGGCGGAGCAGGGCGCAAGGCCCGCCGCUUCGCGCUUCCAGCUGGUAUGGGGACGUUCUAGGAGCCUCGAGGGGGGGGCGCCCUCCCUGGUGGCGCGGGGCCCCCCGCCCGUGAAGCAGCAGCUGGCGGGCGACGAGCCGGCCCCCGGGGGCACGGGAUCCGACCAGCUGAGAUACAUCGGCGCCGAGAAGAAAGCCCGUGGCGCCCGCAAGGACGGGGGCCUCGAGGCGAUGAUGGACGGGGCCGCCAGGCAGUACAUGGAGGCGACGGCCAGCACCGAGGGGUCCAAGGACGCGGCUCGAGGCGAAGACGCCCCGUCCGAGCCGGCCAUCCCGGUGGACCCGGAGCUCGCGGCCGCGGCCGCGGCCGCGCAGCAGGCGAUGCUGGCGACGCCGAAGGCCAGCACUGGCAUCCAGAUGCUGCCGCCCGGGCCGCAGAUGGGCGGUUCGCUGCCGCUGAAGCCGGGGCCGCAGAUGGGCGGCGCCGUCGCGGGGCCUAAGACGUUCACACUGCCGGCGUACACCGCCAAGUCUGCCGCGGUUGCGCCUCCAGCCUCCAAAAUCUGUGAGGCUUUUCAGAUGGGUGGCUGCAUCAAGGGGGACGCGUGCCCCGACCUGCACGUCGACGAGGACGAGGCCCCCCCGAUGCCCAAGCUAGCCAGCAUGAUGGUCGGGCCCGGGAAGGCGAAGGCGAUGGCGAGGCUCCAGGCGGCUGGGAAGGCCCCAUCGUUCGCCGGGCCCGUCGCGCUGGGGAAGCCGGCGGCGUACGCGGCGGCGGGGAGGACUGUGGCGCCGCCGAAGGCGAAGGCCCUGGCGGCCAGGGGCAAGGUCGUGGCCGCGCCGCCGGCGUCCGCCUCGGCCCGCGGUCGGGCUGGUGCAGCCGGUGGAGACCCACCCAGAGGACGCCGGAAUAGAUCCGGCGCACAUAAAGUAUCCCGACAACUUCACUGCCGGCCAGGGAGCCGACGGCCUGCCCCAGGAGAUAGCGUGGCAGUACCCCAAGCUCGCGCUGAACACCGCGAUCACCAAGAUCGCCGGGAGGGUACUUCCGCCCAACUCGGCCAGCUACACCACCGAGGAGGUGAACGACGCGGGGCAGCGCCGCUGGCAGAGCACUCUCAGGAUAGCCGUCCUUCCCGGCCCGUGGUCGCUCACGGAGUUCCGGGGCGAGGCGACCGUCCGAAGGAAGGACACCGAGACCAGCGCCGCCCUCCGCGCCCUCUCGGAGAUCUUCGCGGACCCCGACCUGGUUAA